UCUUCAAACUAAUCUCUAGUUCAAACAACAUUACUACAUAUAAGAGCAAAGUUGACUGAUUAUUACUUUAAAAUAAAAGUGUUUUACGGAGCUCCUCGAACGAACUAUACGAAACUUUAAAAUGAACUCAAAAGUUCUACUAACCCUGUGCCUUUUGGUGGUAGCAGCAUCAGCGAUACCACAACCACAACCCGGAGCUGCGUGGGGUGCCAAUCCCUGGGCAUCAGUAUUUGGCGGCGGCGGUUGGGCCGGGGCCAAUCCCUGGGUAGGUGGCCCUUGGGGUGGCGGGGCCAUUGGCGGCGGCGUCGGCUGGGGCCAGCCAGCGUUGCCCGCGGCCGGUGCUGGGGCCAACCCCUUCAUUCCCCCAUGGAUCGCGUCCGCUCCGUGGAUUCCCCAAUGGUCUCCUUGCACAACGGUAGGGGCCACCUGCUCAGACUGCACCACCAAGUCUGUCUGCACGCCCAUCGGAGGAAUCACCAAGGCGUGCAGUGACCCCACCCUGCCAUACUGCAACCUCGGAGAAUGCUCGGCCACACCCUCAGCUGAAUGUGCCCCCAGUACCGAAGCGGCCACCACUGCUGCUUAAAUCUUUAUGAAGCUGAUUUCCAUGAGUCUCAUUAGAACAUCAAGGGAUUUACUCCAGCUUACUUUAUUUGUGCUCGUAACUGUGAAGUUUCUAAACAAAAUAUUUAAAUCAACAAUAAAUCAAUUUUAAUUAAAUAA